AUGAAUUCAACUUAUUUUACAUCAAUACAAACAUCUAUUUUGAACUUAUCUACUAUAAAUACUGAACCGUGGUUUAUUCCUCUCGAUAUUAUCAAUAUUAUAUUCCUUAUCCUGGUGAUCAUACUGGGUGUAUUAUUUUUAUUUAUUAUUAUAAUUGAUAAAACAUGUCAUACAGUUCCCGUGAUGCUUGUUGCAAACUCAUGUUUAGCUACACUUCUUUUUACAAGUGCUUCAUUAGGCAUGACUAUAUGGUCACUCAAAAAUGAUCUUGAACAAAUCUCAUAUCAAGAUUCACUUUGUAUCUUUCGAGGCUACUUCGCUCAUGUUACAAUAGCUGCACAAUUACAUUCCUAUUUAUUACAAGCAAUCUACCGGUAUAUAACAGUUGUUUAUCCGAUGCGUCUUUUCUGGCAAAGAAAACAAGUUCAAAGUUUUCUCAUUGGUUUAUCAUGGAUGUGUGCCUUUAUAUUUAUGCUUCCACAUGUUGUUACUAGUGAAAUUCAAUACAAUGCUGACAAUCAGCUAUGUGAAACACCUUUUCAUUUAUCUUUUGUAAUAAUUUAUAAUAUCAUUUAUGUUUAUUUCAUACCAAUGAAUGGUAUUAUGUCUAUUUAUUUUAAACUAAUUCUCUAUGUAAAAUAA